AUGUCAUCUGCGCGGACGAUCCAAGUCGUGCCGCUACUUGCGGCGGUUCAGAUGCAGACAUUUACGCAUCCUACUGGCGCCUGGUUCUGCAUGCAUGUCAGCAACUACUUUCCUCUUCAGCCUCUGGAGCAGGCUCGUGAAGGAGCGCACUAUCCAAGACUUCCGUGCCCUACGCAGCUGCAAGACAGUUGA